AUGAGUUCAGCAAAAAGACCAUAUAAAGAAACGAUGUCUUCAUCCUCUUCCAUUUCAAAUACUACCACCGCUUCUGUAAAUGAUGAUUUUGUGAAAUUACAAAUUGAACAAGAUAUACAAGAUAUGGAUAUCGAACAAAAUAUAAACCCAAAAGAAUUAAUCGAAGGAAACUUUAGAAGGAAAAAACCAAAUAAUGAUAAGGAUGAUGAUGAUUUACUCGAAUCAAAUACUUUUAUUUCAAAUCCUUUUCCAUCUUUUUUGAAUGAUAUUUCAUUUCAACCAUUUCAAUUAUCAUCAACAUUAUCACCACGAGCUUCCGAUACUACGAUUUCUUCUACUUCAAGAUUUCACAAACAAAGUCCAAUCGAUUUAUUAACGCCAUCAUCAACAAUUUCCAUUUCAACGCCAGAGACAAAUCAAACAAGAGAUAGCGAUAUCACUUAUGUCACUACAAAUGUGAAUCCAUUUAAUAAUCCUUCCAACGAAUAUUUCUCACCGCCUAUUGAUUUUACUGUAGAAUAUAUUCGUACAGAAUUACGAGAAUCUGAUAGUAAAGGACCAUUUAGUUCAUUUUAUCCACAAAUCUAUAAUAACAACGGUCUGGUAGUUUAUGAAGAACCAUUUAAUUAUUUAAUACAAUUAUUUGAAUUUUGCAAUAAUAGUUCAACAAAAUUAGCAUCAAACGUAACUUCAGUAUUAACUGGAUUAGUUACAUUAUUAAAUGUUCAAUUAGAUGGGUUUGAUAUACCAUUUAUUGAACAUCAUAAAUGGAAUGGUUCAAAUUUUUACGGGUCUAUUGAUGUUGCAACUUUAUUGGACCAUUUAGAUGAAGGUUUAGGUAUAUCAUCUACAGAAUAUGUUUUUUAUGAUCGUGCCGAUAAUGGAUCAUCUUUUAUAAGAACUGGUAGAUCAGUUUUAAAUUGUGAUUUUCGUAAAACGUAUGGUAAACCUAAAUCCACUGCCAAUACUCCUUCUCCACAGACUUUGUUAGAUAAUAAUGAAUUAAGGCAUGCAGUAUUGGAUGCAGAUGCUGAAAGAGAAACUCAACUUUUCUUGGAAUUUUUAGCCGAAGAUGAUCAAGAUAAUGAUAUUGACCAUGCAGAUGAAAAUCCAGGGACCGGCUUCGACUCAACAACUACUGCCGUUCGUUGUAUAUCAAAACCUUCUGCCGGUGGCAUGGAUAGCGAAACUGAUGAUGAUUUGAUUCACAGCGAGGAAUCCGCUUUUGAAGAAAUUGAUGACGUCUCUGAUAUUGAAAGUGUUUUGACUGAUUCAACUAUCGAAGAAGAUUGGCAUAGUGUCUCGAGACAUAAUUCCAAGUAA